AUGGCCUUGAUUUUUAAAGGAUGGGAUUUCUGCUUCGUUGGAUCCAAUGGCUCUUGCCAGGCGACACAAAGGUCACUGCGUGGGCACCGAGCCCUGGGUCUCGGAGGCGAUUUGCCAAGUCUGGGAGGUGCUCAGAUGAUGCUCGCGGAGGGUGACAGCCUGCCGCUUGGAUUGGCAGCCGGAGCAGCACUGCUGCUAGCGGCUGCUGCCGUAUUUUCAGCAACUUCCAAGCCGCGAGAAGAUGGAGCCAAGGAGGAGGAGCUUCCUCCAUGGGCCAACAUGGUGCAAGUCACGCAGGAUGUGCUCAGUGGGAAGCCGUUUGACACCGUGCUUCUGAACAUGAGACAAAGACAUGGUGAUGCCUUCCGAAUCUAUGUGCCCAGCCUGUUUGGAGAGGUCAUCGUGCUGAUGGGGCUGCAGGCGAAUCAGUUUGUUUUCACCGAACAAGACAAGAACUUGGACCAAGCUCUUGGUGGAGUUGUUGGGACAGCUGUGUCUGGCAAGAAGACGAUGGGCACAAAGGAGCGCAAAAGCACUGAGUCCGGAAAGAUCUUCGAUAAGGCUUCUGCGGACUUCUUCGCCAACAAGAAAGCGCUCGCUCGGGCAACGCAAAUCUUUGUUGACUCAGCGGAGGACUUUUGCGAUCAAAUGGAGCAAGAGCUGAAGCCAGAAGAAAAUGUCUUUGAGAAGCUCUGGACCUAUGUCGUCCAGACCAAUGCUGACAUGUUGUACGGGAACGGCGAAAACGCUGGCAGCAUCGUGUGCAAUACCAUUGACAGCAUCAACAAGGAGGGCUUGUUUUCCUCGCAAGUACGUCAAGCUGGUGAAGAUUUGAGAAAGGUGUUGAAUGAAAGAUAUGAGGACAGGAAAAACAAUCCUGAGAAGUAUGUUGGUGAGGACUCCUUGUUUGAGGAGUUCUUCCUGCUUUCAAAAGGCGAGGCAGAUGACGAGAUGCUUCAAGGCCUGCAGCAAUUCAUGCUGACCCUGCAGCUGGCAGCCAAUGGAAACCAGCUGGUGACCAUCCGCUGGCUGAUGUCCCAUGUCUAUGGAGAUCCCAAAAUCCUGGAGGGCGUCAGAGCUGAAGUGGCUGAACUGCUGCAGCGGAAGGCUUGUGGUAUUCGCGAUUUGAAGUUGGCUGACCUGCUGAGUCUGAACUUGACUAACGCCUGCAUCACCGAAGCGGUUCGACUACACAGUGACAUUCCAUCGAAGCUGACCCUGAGAUCCGCAGAGAUUCCAAUGGAAUUUGGUGGCUACAAGAUUCCUAAAGGGGCCACCAUUUUCUUGUAUGCGGAUGCAGUGCAUAAGGACGAGAAAUACUUUCCGGAUGCCGCUGCGUUCUGCCCUCACCGCUACACCGAUGAGGAGGUUUUCACCCAGAAGGCCCGAGACCGAGAGGUGGUGACCUUUGGACACGGCCGAAAGCGCUGCACGGGCGAGCUGCACGCACGGUCGCAGAUCUCGGCUUUGUUGGCAUCCUUUGUGAUGCGCUUUGACAUGGACCUUGUCACCAAUGAGGAGGGCAAUCAGAUCCCAGAGGACCACGAUGGCCCUUUCGUUUUCGACACGGCCAAUAGCCUGAAGUUGGUGAAUUUGCGGCCGAGAGCAGGCGACAUGAGCUCCUCCGUGGCAUCCGUCUCCGUCGCGGCCGCCGCGUUGGCCAGUCGCAGUCAAUCUGGGCCGUCGAGCUCUGGAUCAUGCCCUUUCAGUGGCAUCUUUGGCAAGUCCUGA